UGUCCAUUUACACUUCUUCAAGUCUUCGAUACACUUAUGGGGAGGUUUCAUAAAUUUCCUCUCCUAGGUUUACUUCUGUUCCUCGGUCUGACCGGCUCACUUACUGUCGCCAAUGAGUAUGCCUGUUCUAGUACCGAUAUACACUUUACUCGUGCCAAUUUCCCUAAAGGUUUCAUUUUUGGUACCGCAACUGCUGCUUUUCAGGUUGAAGGAGCUGUAGAUGAAGGAUGUAGAGGUCCAAGCAUGUGGGACGUAUACACCAAGAAAUUCCCACAUAAAUGUAAUUAUCACAAUGCCGACGUUGCUGUCGACUUCUACCAUCGUUACAAGGAAGAUAUCAAGUUGAUGAAAAAUCUGAACACUGAUGGCUUUAGAUUUUCCAUUGCAUGGCCCAGAAUAUUCCCCCAUGGUAGGAUGGAGAAAGGAAUAAGCAAAGCCGGUGUGCAGUAUUACCACGAUCUGAUCGAUGAGCUCCUCGCAAAUGGUAUAACACCAUUAGUUACCGUUUUUCACUGGGACACUCCUCAAGACUUAGAAGAUGAAUACGGUGGCUUCUUAAGCGACCGCAUAAUAAAGGAUUUUACGGAGUAUGCAAACUUCACAUUCCAAGAGUACGGUCACAAAGUGAAGCAUUGGAUCACAUUUAACGAACCAUGGGUGUUCAGUCGAGCUGGCUACGACAUUGGGAACAAAGCACCAGGACGUUGUUCUAAGUACAUCAAAGAACAUGGAGAUAUGUGUCACGAUGGACGGUCAGGACACGAAGCUUAUAUCGUGAGUCAUAACAUGCUCUUGGCACAUGCCGAUGCCGUUGAUGCCUUUAGGAAAUGCGACAAGUGUAAAGGUGGUAAAAUUGGGAUUGCUCACAGUCCAGCUUGGUUUGAGUCUCAUGAGCUCUCGGAAGAAGAGCACGAAACUCCUGUAACUGGCCUGAUUGACUUCAUAUUGGGAUGGCAUUUGCAUCCAACCACGUAUGGAGAUUAUCCACAAUCAAUGAAGGAUCAUGUCGGACAUCGACUGCCAACAUUCACAGAGGCGCAAAAGGAGAAGUUGAAAAAAUCAGCUGAUUUUGUAGGAAUCAACUAUUACACUUCAGUGUUUGCAUUGCAUGACGAAGAGCCAGAUCCUUCGCAGCCAAGUUGGCAGAGUGAUUCCCUCGUGGACUGGGAACCAAGAUAUGUGGAUAAAUUCAAUGCUUUUGCUAACAAGCCUGAUGUUGCAAAAGUGGAAGUCUACGCAAAGGGUUUGAGGAGCCUCUUGAAAUAUAUAAAGGACAAAUAUGGGAAUCCUGAAAUCAUGAUCACCGAGAAUGGAUACGGAGAGGAUUUAGGCGAGCAAGACUCAAGCCUUGUAGUUGCGCUCUCAGACCACCACAGAACAUACUAUAUCCAGAAGCAUCUCUUGAGCUUGCACCAAGCAAUUUGCGAUGAUAAAGUAAAUGUUACAGGGUAUUUUCUUUGGUCAUUGAUGGACAAUUUCGAAUGGCAAGAUGGAUACAACGCGAGAUUUGGGCUCUACUACGUCGAUUACAAAAAUAAUUUGACGCGCCACGAAAAAUUAUCAGCCCAGUGGUACUCGAGUUUCCUCCACGAUGGGCUGAAAGAGUUUGAAAUCGAGCACGAAUUCGAGCAUGAUGAGUUGUAGAGUGAAUUCUCUGCAAAUAGACUUUGAAAAUUUGA